UGCUGGGCAGAGAAGAGUGGUGCGGGAGCUGCGGCUACACUCGGACGCCACAUUCCCUCGUUACGGGACUGGUGGUGAGGAUGAGCGAGAGCUGACCCUGCGCCGCCCGUGCCGCCAAGUGUCAGCUCCUCCGCCUCCUCCCCUGCUGUGGGUGAACCUGCGCUACGGGCUCUUCACCGACACGGGGAGGGGGUUGGUUUGUUUGUGUAUUUGUUAAAGAGGGAAAGAGAUCUUCCAUCCACUGAAGCACAGUUCACUAUGAUCGUACUCGCAUUCAGCACUGGAAGCCGGUUGGAUUUCGUGUCUCAGCCCAGGGUGUUUUUCUUGCAAACCUUUCUUUGGAUUUUAUGUGCUACGGUGUGCAAAGCGGAGCAGUAUUUCAAUGUGGAGGUAUGGUUACAAAAGUAUGGCUACCUUCCACCAACUGACCCCCGAAUGUCGGUGUUGCGCUCUGCAGAAACCAUGCAAUCAGCUAUAGCUGCCAUGCAGCAGUUCUAUGGCAUUAAUAUGACAGGAAAAGUGGACAGGAACACAAUUGACUGGAUGAAGAAGCCUCGAUGUGGUGUGCCUGACCAAACAAGAGGUAACUCCAAAUUUAACAUUCGUCGGAAACGCUAUGCGUUAACAGGACAGAAAUGGCAACACAAACAUAUCACUUACAGCAUAAAGAACGUCACUCCAAAAGUAGGUGAUGCUGAAACUCGUAAAGCCAUUCGCCGUGCCUUCGAUGUGUGGCAGAAUGUAACUCCUCUAACAUUUGAAGAAGUUCCUUAUAUUGAAUUAGAAAAUGGCAAGAGGGACGUGGAUAUUACAAUCAUUUUUGCAUCAGGUUUUCAUGGAGACAGUUCUCCCUUUGAUGGGGAGGGAGGAUUUUUGGCUCAUGCAUAUUUCCCUGGGCCAGGAAUUGGAGGAGACACUCAUUUUGACUCAGAUGAGCCAUGGACUUUGGGAAAUCCCAAUCAUGAUGGAAAUGAUCUGUUUUUAGUUGCAGUGCAUGAACUGGGACAUGCUCUGGGCUUGGAGCACUCUAAUGAUCCCACUGCAAUCAUGGCUCCAUUUUAUCAGUAUAUGGAAACUGACAACUUCAAACUACCUAAUGACGAUUUACAGGGCAUCCAGAAGAUAUACGGUCCACCUGACAGGAUACCACCACCGACAAGGCCUCUGCCAACAGUGCCCCCACAUCGUUCAAUCCCUCCAGCAGACCCGCGAAAGAAUGACAGGCAACCUAAACCUCCCCGGCAACCCACUGGUGACAAACCUUCCUAUCCCGGAGCCAAGCCUAACAUCUGUGAUGGGAACUUCAACACUCUGGCUAUUCUUCGCCGGGAAAUGUUUGUUUUCAAGGAUCAAUGGUUUUGGCGAGUCAGAAACAACAGAGUGAUGGAUGGAUACCCUAUGCAGAUUACUUACUUCUGGAGGGGACUACCACCCAGCAUUGAUGCUGUUUAUGAAAACAACGAAGGCAAUUUUGUCUUCUUUAAAGGUAACAAGUUCUGGGUUUUCAAGGACACUACCCUCCAGCCAGGUUAUCCUCAUGAUUUGAUAACACUUGGAAGUGGAAUUCCUUCCCAUGGCAUUGAUUCAGCAAUUUGGUGGGAAGACGUUGGGAAAACUUACUUCUUCAAAGGAGAUAGGUACUGGAGAUACAGUGAAGAAAUGAGAUCCAUGGACCCUGGUUAUCCCAAACCAAUCACAAUUUGGAAGGGUAUCCCAGAAUCUCCUCAGGGAGCAUUUGUCCACAAAGAAAAUGGCUUCACAUAUUUCUACAAAGGUAAAGAGUACUGGAAAUUCAAUAACCAGAUGCUCAAGGUGGAACCUGGCUAUCCUAGAUCCAUCCUCAAGGAUUUUAUGGGUUGUGAUGGACCAACAGGCCGAGACAAAGACCGACACAGCCCUCAAGAUGACGUAGACAUUGUCAUCAAACUGGACAACACAGCCAGCACUGUGAAAGCCAUAGCCAUCGUCAUUCCCUGCAUCCUGGCCUUGUGCCUCCUUGUCUUGGUUUACACUGUGUUCCAGUUCAAAAGGAAAGGAACACCCCGCCACAUACUGUACUGCAAACGCUCUAUGCAAGAGUGGGUGUGAUGUAGGGUUUUGGUUUUUUUCUUUCCCUCCCAGGAGUUUGUGGUAACUUGAGAUUCAACACAAGAGCUGUUAUACAGUUUCCUAGCUAGGAGCGGGCAUCUGUCAGUCUGAAACAAAGCUGAUCAUUAAAACCCAGGGGGUUGCCUGUCUUGUGCGAGUGGCGAUUCGCUCAUCUGGGAAGCUUCCAUGAUACACAGUAUCUGCUGUUUCUUCAGUCCUUUGUCUUUCUUUGUCAUUCAAUUCUAGGCCUUUCCUCUGCACGCUCGAUGCCCUAUAAACUAUCCGGAUUAACUAAUGAAGAGGAAAAAAAAAUCUCCAAUGUUUCUACAUUUUUCCCUUAAGGCCUGUUCCCCUUACAAAAAUUUUUUGCUGAAAAAAAAUUUUUUUAGAAAUACACAACAACCCACAAUGGAACUUUCAGGAAAGUGAGAAGACCCAAAACAGCUUUGUCUCCAAAGAGGAUUGCUUUCUGUCUGCUAUGGAUAAAGUCCUACACUCCUACUUCCAGUUUUGUCAGGUGGGAGACUCGGAUGACACGCAGGACUUCAGACUGUUUGGACAGCCAUUUUCCAACAAACAAGGGGCCAAAAUAUCUGCAAUAUAGUAACAGCCUUAAUGAUACAUUCAUUUUGUGUUUUUUACAGCUGCUCUGGGCUAUGUCCUCAAUGUUUUAAACUCAUUUAUAUUCAUUACUAUAUUCAAGUAGAAUCUUUUUAUUGGCUUGUUUGAUUUUUUGUUGGUAUUUCUGCAUAAUCUUUCCCAAUCUGUACCAAGCCAACUUCCCCAGGCCUUUCACAGGUCUGUCAGGAGCACUCAGUCUAAAGCAUGGUAAGAAGUACUGUGUCUCUGAAGUGAGUUUUGACGUGCUAAAGCAACAGUCAUGCUAUAGAGAAACUCGACGCUGGUAUUACACUGGUGGUGUAACCCUUUGAGAACUAUUGCAUCCAUUUUCAGAGUCUGGUAGAUGUUAAUCUUGGUUGUCAUAAAAUUAUAGGAUUGUGUUUGGGUAAUACAGGUUUUGAAAGAAAAUACAUUUUUCAAAACAAAUUUCCUGUGACUGCAAGUGAGUGGUUUUAAUUAUUUGCAUUAUUAAUAGAAAAGCAUUUGUAAAAUAAAUAGAAACCAAAAUAUAUUUACCAGCUACUUUCUGGUUAAAGGAACCAAACCUAUUUUAAUAACUUCUACCACUUACCAAGAAUUUUUCUGAACUGGUGACAGUUUUAUAGCUUAGCCUUUUAUCUUAAGUGUCUUGAAUUUCUCUUUUAAACUAUGUUGCAUGAUCAUUCAAUUUGCCUCUGUAGAGGCAGAGUUACAGCUUCAAAGGAAAGCUAAAACCGUGACUCUGAUAUUGCAUGAGUGUCCUCUGGUGUUUUACCCCUUUGCAUGUUCACCAUAGUUCUCAAAGGGUUAGUCAAAUUUCUGGCCUUCAGCCGAACAUGGUAUCACUGACAGAGCCAAGGGACCACCAAAGCAUUUUGUCAUUCUGUGUAACUUGUGCUAACAGCAGUAUUGUCAUAUUCAUGUGACCUGCAGAGCAGGUUUGUAUCAAUAUUUUUUCCUAGAGAAAAGUCAGCAACUGACAGACCUCUUUAUUGAUUUUAGGAGCUGCUUCUUGCAGUGACAGGCUUUACAGUCACUGGGCUGUGAACUUAUUAAAGAUGGUCAGAAUGAUGCGCCCCAAAAGUCAGACACCUGGUUUUUUAUGAAAGCCAGGAUUUGAGGGGAGUAGCUUUUGCAACAAUGAACAGCUUGCCUUGAACUUGAUUAUUGACCUGUUGACUGUCAUUACCAAGUUAAACAUUGUCUUCUGUGAACAGCUUCACUGUCUGAAUUUCCUUGAAGUGUACUGUCCUACGUCUUUGAUCUUUGACCUUUAACUUGCAAACUGGCACAAACUGAAGGGAAUCUGGUGUUGCAAAUGAACUAAGAUGAUUUUUAUUUCUUAAAAGACCUGAUCUACAUUAUCCAAAAUUUGAGGAAAAAACGUUGAAGUGUUUUCAUAGAAAAGAACUGACAUAAACUAAAAUAUUUAUGAUAGAUUUGUAGAAGGGUAUUUUGCUAUGUAUACAUGCACACUCUAAAAAUGAACAACAGUAGAAGUUAAUUUUUCUUUUACUUGAAUAUAAUUUUCAGUAUAAAAUUAUCAUUUCUACAAAGAGCUAGUUAUUAAUGAAAAAGUUAUAGGAAAGUAUUAAAAUACUUGAAAUAGCCAAUAUUGGCUUUUACAUAAGAUGAGACUUUUAUACUACAUUCAACCAAUUUCUUACUGGUUUCUUAAUCUGCGUAACUGGAUCACUUUUUAGAGAGUGUAGGUAUAUAUACAUAUAUAUUAUGGUUAUUAUUAUUUUGGUAAUGGAUAGCUUGACUGCCUUGAAUUUAUAUUUAUAUUGAGCAUAGCAUGAAAAAUAGUAUGCCUUUUUGUUCAAUUACAUGAUUUUAUAUUGAUUUGGGGACUUAUUUUAUGAACAUAUGUGGCAUGCUAUAAAGCAUUGCAAACAUUUCUUAAAGCAUAAACAGAUAUACAUAUGUACAGCUAACAAAAAUGGAGAUUAGAAAAAGAUAUAGUUUUACAACGGAUAUGCAAUGCAGAUGGCAUUUUGGAGAUGUUUUAUAGAGGUACUGCAUACUGUAGGUUAGAAUUGCACCAGUAUCAACCCAUAGCAUUAUUCAGUAAAUUCAAUUCAGUUGUUCCUAAAAAUAUACAUUAAUUGACAGUUAAGUAACAUAGAAUAUUUACUGCACAUCAGCUCAUUUGGUGAAUUCAAAAUUCUGUCUGUUUGUCAUAUACAUUAAAAUGUGUGUGUAUGUUUGUGUACUUAUAAAUACGCAAAAACACACACACAUAUUUUAAUCCAUGAAGAGAUUUUUAUUGUCAACAAACUGCUAUAACUUAUGUUCUGCUACAGAAAGAACAAAAUUAUUCAUAUUGCUGUUCCAGUUUUGUCCUUUGGAUAGUUGGUGGAAAAUCCUAACAGCACUACUUGUUCUGCUUUUGGUUUUCCUCUACAAUAGGAGAACUUAUUUGAUAUUAUCUUUAAGUCAGAACAGCAUCUCAUCCAUUUUUCUAUUCAAGUAAAAAUUUCACCUCAAUUUUGGAAUAUCUUUCAUGGCAGCUUUAACUUUUUGUGCCACUGUUUCUCUGACAGUAAUGAAGUGCUGAGCAUGUUGACUGUUGUUCUUUUUGAUAAGGUAACAAAAAUGUUUGUAUUUGGAGAAUAUAACUUUAAUUAUGCAGGAAGGUAAGUGUGAUAAGUCUAGUGCUUGGUAUAUGGUACAUCAUAGAUACAUGAAUAUAUGAUAAGUUGAUUGUUUAAUCUAUUUUCUUUUACUUAAAAGUGCAUAUAUAUUAUAUACAGAGAAAGGGAGUAAAAAUAAUAUUAUAUUGGCAUGUUUAUGUCAUGCAGAGCAAGGUUGUGUCAGCAUUUCUAUAACAUACUCCUAUUUUCAGUAGUUUAUAACACAGUCAUAAAGGUUUGCUUUAAGUAAAAGAUGUAGGAGCAAUUGUGUUCACUGUAAUUCCCAAAUACAUACUGGCUAGUUUCAAAUUAUAGAAGUUCAGAGUAAAUUAGUGAUGUUGCCUGUUCUAGUUUUGAACUCAAACUAGUUCUAAGACAAUGUCAUUUUUUGAAGAGUUGUUUUUCUACCAGGGCCUAUAAUUAUGAGAAUUAAGGAAAAACAAGUUAAGAUAUUUUCAGUUCUGCAAUCUAGGUUCCUGCUCAUGUGCCGUAACGUUUUUCAUAAAGUUUUUAAUAAACAUUUCCUUAUUGCUAUUGUCAUGAUCUGUACUGUAGAACAAUACAAAACUGAAUAUGCAUUGUGUUAAUCAGUUACAGUCUAUCAAGCUUUCUAUACAGGGUCGUGAAUCUUCAGAGUACUACAGUCUGUAUGAUGCAGGAGGCCAGAGUAGAUAAUGACAGUGUUUCCUCUGGCCUUUUAAUGUAUAAACCUAUGAAAAGGUUAUUGACUGUAGACAAAAAAAAAUCAAUUUUUAACAAAAAAUGCAUUUAAAAAACUAUGUAACUGUAUAUUUAGUGGAUAGGCUGGGAUGGAGAGGCUCAAAUGGCUCCAAAGGAGCCCUUUCAAGUCUCUUGAAUAAAUGUAAUACAUAUUUUAUAUCUUCGUAUGAACUUUUGUUCUUUUUCUUCUUUCAAAAUGGGGCAGAGGGAGGGAAUAACUAAAGAAAAUGAUUUUUAAGGCUAAUUUGGGGAAUGAAAAUAACAGAAGCUAAUAGACUCAAACGUAAGGGGCAGACUUACACUUUUUCUUAGAAGUGUACUUUACCUCCCCAGUUGUUUGGUCUUGAUUCCUGUGCCAUUAGCACUGUGGGUUAAGAACAGAGUAUAAGACUUAAUUUUUGAAUUUUCAGCUUUUUUCUGAGGUCUUACUUCACAAUCUUAAUGUCAGUUAAAUGUAGCUUUUGGUAACAAAUUAUAUAGAAUCAAAUUCUAGCUUGUUGGUUAGAAAAAAAGUGUGUAGAAUAGGAAGUAGGUCUGCCUAUCAGCAAUGGAAGCAUUACAUUCCCAUUCUAGUUUUUUGCAUCGCUAGGGCAAACCUUAAAAAAACCACAUAGCAAACAGAACAGUGAACGCUCCAGGCACUGCAUUUUGAAGAAAGUAGAAAUGUUAAGUACCACACCAUUAGCAGCCUAAAUUGGAGAUAGUACAAGAUGACUGGGUUAAGAAACAAGGAUAUGACUGUCAACAGUUGUUCUGUCCUGGCUCUCAUGUCUUCUCACAACAAGGCCUAAGUUUUAUCACCGAUUACUGAGUUGGAGGAAGCUGUGUGCUUUGACAGUUGAUGUGAAGCAACGAUUACAGAGCAAUAGUUCUCUAUUGCCUUUUGUUGUUAUCGAGACUGUCUUUGUACAGCUCUAUUUCCAGGAACGUGAAUAGAUGACUGCAGUCCUAUGAGCCAUGAGGAAAAUUAUUAUUAUCAGUGGAGGGAACAAAUGUCACUGGCUACUUAGGUGUCCUUCUGUGCUGUAAAUCCAGUAGUAUUUUGUGUGAGCUGAGGAGCAGAUAGCUUGUUAUUGAAUACGAUCAUAUAGCUGUGACUGAUAUACCGGAACUGUAAUGUUAGGCAUAGUUCCUUAGCUCACAUGACACAGACUGCAGACAGAGUGGUUCACGUUAGAUGAUUUAAACAUAUGUCAGUUACAAAAUCAGGUGUAAAUGAACCAUAUACUCAUAAAAUUAAUCUCUGAUUUAUGCAUGUAAAUCAAUCGUCUUUCACUAGUCUCAUGAAUAAUGUAAUGUGUGAGUCAAAUCUGCCUAACCCAUUCUUAUGACUUCCCAUCUGAGACGUCAGAGGUUGCUAGAGAGUUAUUGUAAUCAGUGCCAUCGAUGCUGAAAAUGUCUGGUAAGCAUCAAAAGCAUGCCAUCACUUGUUGCAAACUGGCUCCAUUUGAUGCUAGAUCUGAGGGAGCCUCUAAUGUUAGGCAGUAUGGAUUCUGUAUAAUGUGGCAUUAUUUGAUGUAUGUGUGUAACUCGGAAAGCCCAGUGAUAAACAGGAGAUCGUAUUUCGAAGGAUCAGUAUGUGACCACAGCAAGCAUCUCUUCCUAAAAUCAAAAUGUAUUUCAAAGAAGCACAUAGAUGGCGUUAAACACACACAUCAUAAACAGGUCUUGUUUCCCAGUAUACCUAAGCUUUAGCAUAUAAUCUACAAAUUAUAGUCAGUUUAUUAACAUUUGCAGUUGCAGCUGCCCAUUAUGUCUUUGAGAUAUGACAUUCUGUAAGAGGUGUAUAUAAAGCAUGUUUGCCCUGUGGCGAUAACUUGAAGUAUUGCUGUGGUCUGCCCACAGUAUAGACAAAAGGAAAGUUGUGGCUACCCCAUCCCUGGAGGUGUUCAAGGCCAGGUUGGAUGGGGCCUUGGGCAGCCUGAUCUAGUGGGAGGUGUCCCUGCCCAUCAUAGAGGGUUUGGAACUGGAUGAUCUUUAAGAUCCCUUUCAAACCAAACUGUUCUACGAUUCUAUGAAAAUAAAUUUCAGAGAGAGAGAAGACUUAAAAUGAGAAAUGCUGAUGUAAACUAGCAUGCUAAAGACAAUUUUCUUGCACCUGGAUGUGCAUGCAGCGUAGUGCUACUUGCUGUCACAGUAAAACUACAUAACCAAAAAUCAUUAAACAUGCCAGCCAUUUAUGAUAGCACAAAGCUUUCCAGUCACACAGCUUGGUCUCUUCUGCUUCUGUAGAAUGCCAUCGUCCCCAGAUGACAAUUAUUGUAGGCAUCAUAUAAACCAAAGCUUUCUGUUUAGUUAUUAGUAAUUUCUACCCUAUGAAAUUGCAUCACGUCCAUUUUGUAACUAUAAUCAUAAUCUCCUUGGAGAGCUAUCAGCAUAUAUUAACUCAUAGCCUUUCAUCCCCCUCCCUUUUUUUUCUUUUUGUUUUGCUGUUCCAGUAAAAUAUGUACUAAAAAUUCUCUCCAUCUUAUCAUCUGGCAUUAACGUGGAAUUCUGUGCCACUUUCAUUUGGUGCCAUGCAUGUGUCCUGGGACAUCCAUUUGCCUAUCCAUUAUUCUGGGAACUGGCUUUCUGGGACCUGGAAUUUGCAACAGAAGGCUGGGAUAAAAUAGCUUCCUAAAAUACCUGGUUAGCCUUUAACAAUAUGGCAAUGGACUUUGAAGAGGUUUUAGCGAAGUAUUAUAUUAUUUACCCACCAGCAACAGAAUAGUGUCACUGUGCCAAUCAAUGCAUGCCCAGAUGGGUUCAUCACUCACAAAGAGUAGUAUAAUGUGUAUUAAGUCAAAAAAAAUAUGUUUCUAAUUGAUAUUUCAAUCCUGAUGUGUUGGCAUAGUUUAGCGCCCAGUCUACACACAUAUUCAUAGCUUACAUGAUUGUACAUGAAAUCAUCUGCCUUAUGGAAGCUGAGAGUGCUUAGGGUGAGCAGGUGAUCACUGCUAAGUCAUUUUCAAGAUGUGAAAAAAUUUUGGUUCUACUAUGAUUUUACAACCACAAAGACAAGAAAGUAGUUUUUUUCAUAAUGUAAAAUGACGGUUUAUAAAACUCUUUGUCAGAGUUCACAUUUACAUGAUAUUACAUAUAGCUCAAAAAGUGCCAUUGUACAACUGGUAUGUGCCAGCUGAAAUGCAUAGCUCCAUAUUGAGACAUACGAUGAUUCUAAACAGAGAUGCACAUAUGCUAUGCGUGGCUAUUGCCACAAAAUUGUCAGUGCUUACAUACUGAUCAUCUUCAUAUCUUGUAAGAGCAUCAUAUUGAAGUCAGCUCCAAGCAGUUUGUCUGCUUGGAUCUAAGCAGAAUUAUAUAAGUUAGAAAAUGGUACAUGUGAUGGUGUGUAUUCAGAAGACAUCUUGAGCAACCUCUGGCACUGUUUUAAAUGGUCAUGACAACUACAAUUCAUACCCGCAAGAUGUAGCUGCAUUUUGUAUUUACGUGUUUGUGUUUUACCUUGUAAUAAUGUGCUAUGAACUCUGGCCAUACAUCACAAGGUAGAUGAAAACGAUUAAAAAAGUCUUUCAGGAUAACUGUUGUCAAUAAUCACAUAGCUCACAGAGGUACCUGAGAUUGUUAUACUGAAGAAAAUUUCAUAGGAAUCCAGAACUGAAGGAAUGUGUGAUGAUGCAAAUCUAUUCCUAGCUCUUACUCUAUAUAAUGCACUUGGUAAAACAUUGUCAGCUAUAUACAUGCCUAACAUCCAUCUUCACUGUGUUUUCAAAACCAUGCAAACAUCUCUUGCCAAUUCAUGCACAGUAUUGUCUUACUGUGUCUGUUUGAAAACCAUGUUACAGGAUAGAUCAAGGAUUAUGAUCAUCCCUUCCUGUCAUCCAAUAUACACAAGUUACCAUCUGCUAUCAAUAUGCGUUCCUUUGAAGGUGGUAGUCUUUGGGUCACAGUGAUGACAAAUACAGAUUUAAAGGAUCACUGUAUUGAAAUCUUUCUCAGAGGAAACAAAGUAGUCAUGAACUUUCUUUCCACAACUUCUAGCAUCCACAGGAAAGCCAGCUAAGUCAUUUGUUCAAAGGCUGCAGACAGGCACAGAAAAAGCAGCAUUAGUUAUUUCUGUUUUUAUUUCCAAAAGAGUAUAGGAAAAAAAAAAAAAAAAAAAGAGAACAUUUGGGUUUAUAAUUGCAAGUACAAAACCAGUUUAUCAGAAAGUGAAGGCGCCAAGCAUGACUGACACCACUGAAAUUACAGGCAACUGCUAUGUAAUCAACAAUAAAAGAGAAGAGAUAUUAUCGGAAAGUUGGUGAUGGCUUUGAAAAUAUUAUUGCUAGCCAACAACAAGGAUACCUGUUAGGCUGUACAAAGUCCACUGAAUUCUAUAUUUGAUGUCAUAACCCACCAGAGAGCCAUCAGCCAAAAGGCUACUCGGUAUGAUUUGCUAAAUCUGACUAAAAGUAUAUAGAGAUUAUUUAUCUGCUGCGAUCAAAAAUCUUUCAAAAGACAUUUAGUCAAACUAACAUCAGCCUGAAUAUAUGUGCAAAAACUUGUCACAGCGAAAUAAUGUGCAAAAACUUGUCACAGCGAAAUAUUUUUACAUUUGUUUUUAGAAAUUAGAUCAAAAAAGUUUCCUAUCAUUUGAAGAACUCCACUGGAUGAAAUGCUGAAGGACAAAGAAGCCCUUACCUCUAUUAAUCUAUAUUACAGCCAUGUAUCUUUAUCUCAGUGGUAUCUCAGUCCUAAAGUGUUUGCUAUAAUGGAAAAACAUUUAUGACCUUUGGAUGGAUCAUCUAUUGCUAUUUCUUUAUGUAACUUUAUAAGUAUGACCAAAGUUUUGAUUCUCCUCCACUCCUUUUUUCACUGUGCCCUGACAUGUCUCCUGACUAAUUAAGGCAAUACUUAAUUUUGUAUGCUCUUGGUAAAAAAGUGACAAAUUAUCUGUUCACUAUACAGAUGAAAGAAGAAAAUACGAUUUUGUUGUCUGUCUCACACACACAACAAUCUGUCACACGGAAAUGCACUUUUUUUGUGUCGAUGGUGAAGAGGUAGUACCUUCUCAAAAACUCCCAUGAAUAUUUGAGGAACUUGAUGUGUAUUUCUCACUAAAUCUUGGUUGUUUUCCAGUCUGCCAACACUGAGCUCCAAGUUACUUUCCUCAGAUCAUAUAAGUCUUUGCCAUCCAUUAAUACCAUCUUCUUUUAAAUCUUUUAUGAAAAUGACAUGGUAUAGCCAGCACUGACCAUAAUGGACUCGUUAUUUGCAUCUUGUGACUCCCUGCCUGGUCAUGUACAAUGGCAUAAUGGCUGAGACCUAUAAUUUUUUAAUGCCAGCCACUGCAUACCAUUUACAUGCAUGGUUUAUGCCAUCUGUGAGACAUGAGCAGUCCAGAAAGCUGCAGUUCAAAAAUGUUUAUAGUAUUUCUGGUGUCUCCAGUUCUUAUCUUUAUCAUUUUCCCUCUCUUCUUUGCAUUCUGAUGCCUGUAAUCUGUGUCAUGGAUAUCCAGACACUAAUUAUAUGGCUGGAACCUUUCCUUUACCACAAGUCAGUUCAUACAUAUACACCAAAUACCAUUACAUUACUGCUGUAGCAUAAUACGGUAGCACUGUUGCAUGGCAGAAUGGUUUGCUAUUAUGCAUUGUUUUCUGAUUGAUCCUAAGUUUUAGGUAUCAUAAAUAACAUAUUUAUGAAGAGCUCUUCUGACAUCUGCUACUCUAGUCUGGGGGGUCAGAUUAAUUGCAUGGUUCUAUUCACAGCUUGCAGGGAAAGGUGCAAAUGUUUGACUUAAAGUGGUCCUAUAUGAACAGAAGCUGUUUGAGGGAGGUAAUUUCUUCUUGACACUCCAGUUUGUAGUAUUGUUAGCAGUUAAAGCAUGUACUGGUUACCAGCGUGUAGUCAAUUAGGGUGUGAUAUGAAUCUGUACAAGAAGGGUACAUUGUUUUCCAUGCUUCAUACACAUAUGACUUCUUUUACUUUCUGAAUAAUUUGUAUCUUGCUUUUUCUCUGAGUGCUGUGUUUAAUGGAACCUGAUUUCUUCCUUAGUUCUUCUUGUUGGGUGUGGUUUUAGAAGCCAAUUCAUUUUUCCAUCUUGUUACCAUUCCUUUCUCCCUGUAGCUCAUGGUAAUUCCAGCAGAAAUCAUUCUAGUUCCAAUACACUAUCUAGAAGCUACUGCAAUUCCCACAGUGUUUUGCUUUUUUAUCUUCCACCUCCGAGAAAGAGGAAGUCAAACUCUCAUGCAGAGACAAGGAUAUUGGUGAAGUUGUUAAAAUAUCUCUGAACGUGGUUUUACGCAUCACAUGGCCAUAAAAUUCACAUAUUGUUAAACAUUGCUUUUCAAACUCUAUUUCUCGAAACACCCAACAAUCGUCCUUUUAAUUUAAUGUCAAAGCCUGACAAAUAAGUCAGAAUAUGGGUGUGAUGAUCUCUCUGUGUGGUAUACAUUUCUCAUUUUUAUUCCCUUUUCUCUGCAUAGCCCCAUAUGCAUUUCAAACCCAUGUUUGGCUCAUUAGGAUGUGUGUUAGUAAGAAAAUAACUGGAGCAUUUAUUUGCUUUCUGCAACUAAAGUUCAUUUUAUUAUUGUUGUUUUGCUUUAUUUUAUCUUACUUUAUUGGCUCACACAGCAUUCUAUACAGUAACCUUUUUAUAACUGACAUAUGUUAUUCCUUCAGGUAGUUUCCGCUGACAAACACAAAGCUUGUUUGUGUGCAAAUGCAAGGCUGACUAAAUGGUGCUAAAGUGUAUUAUGACUGUCAGAUAUAAUCAGGCAAAAUAUUGUGGUGCUUAGACUGAUUUUUUCAUUGAUUUUAUUGAUCAAUGCAUUGAACAGUGUUUUAUUAUGCACAAGUUGUCUUUUAUUAGUAAAACAAAACCUCAUAGUGUGUCGUUAAACAAAAUGGGUUAAUUAAUCUAUAUAACAGCUCAUCAAGCUAUUAUCUCUUUAACUCCUUAUAAUGUUGUGUCAUUAAAGGUCAAGGGGUCAUGAUAAUAAUCUCAUUACUGUAGACCGUUAACAUGACUGAACAUUUUCAACAAAGUACUUAUGUUUACAAUGCUAUAACCCUUUGACUGCUGCGGCAACCUUUAACCACAGAAAGUCACAGCUAGAAUCAUCAUUAUGGUUCUUGCCAUGGCAAUCAAAGAGUUAAGGGCUGUGCAGUGAUUUGUUUUAUAUUUAUUAAUUUAUAUUUAUUUUUGUUUUCAUUUGAGAAGAGGGGAAUUGGGGUGGGGCAGUUGUUGUCUGCUGUAAGUGUCUUAACCAAGGGAAGGAUUAAAAUGGCUUUUUAUACUAUUGCAUCUUACAUACUUACCAUCAUUUCAUUGUGUUGUAAUUAAAAAAAAAAACUGUCAAUAAAUAAGAGAACAGAAAAAAAGUUUCAUAAAGGCAUUGUGGUUUAAUUGGUAUAUAUUACUGUAAGUUUUAUAGCUACUGCUCUUCUGAUACUGUAAAACAAUAGAGCAAAUUUUCUCCUCAAAAGAGGAAAGCCUAACAGAUAAUGGCAGUGUAUAGAGAUAUUAUGGGUAGUAUCUGGGUAUGAAUAUGGGUGAAAGAAAUAUUAGUUAAUUUUUCUACUCAAAAUAGUGUCGGAAAAAAUAAUUUGUAUGGAAAAGAAAUUGUGAGCGGUGACCAUGGGCUUACUUCUGUAAUGUCUGAAGGCCACUCACUAGAGAUAGCUGUCACAGCCACUAUAAAAUGACAAACAGGUGGCUGAAUUUCCUGCUUUGUUGUGUGUAAGAAAAAACAUGGAAAGUAUGAUGUAAAGAAAAGGUAGGUCUGAUGAUUCAGAUUAGAAAUAGCUGAAGAAUAAAAAUAAAAAAAAAUAUGUAGUUCUCUUGAAAUAAAAUCACAAUAGAAGACCGCAGGACUAAGAUGCAAAGGAGAGUUUUGUAAAACUUUGGCCAUACAGCUCAGCUGUCCAAAGAUCUAAGUUCAUCUCAUGUUAACAAACACGUAAUUCUUCUUAGGCUAUAGAGCAUUAAAGAGUUCCUAUACCAUAGGUGUGGCUGUAGGAAACUGGGAACAAGCUGGGUCUAUUUGGAGGCAAACUGAAAGUUAUUUUUGUUUCAGAGUCCUAGCAAGAAAGAAGGCAGUGCUUGUAAGCUGGUUGAAGAUCUAAGUCCAAACUCAUCACAUAUCUAAAUUAUCUGAAACCUCAAGUCUUUUCCAUUCUAAAUCAGAGGUGCAUGUGUUUUACUCUUGCUAAAACUUGCUAAAAGUAGCUCAUGAUUAAAAACCAUAAUAUUCUUUAGCUGAUUAAAGAAGGAAAGAAAGAGAACUGAAAAAACCAGAUGCUACAGAAGUCAUUCAUUGCAGUUCUCACAGAAGAGAAGAAAAGGCACCUGGCAAGUGACUGACUGGAUGGAGGGGUUUGGGGAGUGUCUUAAAUGUCUUAGCUUCUUGAAUUCAUGCAAGUGUGUUGUUUCUGAAACAUAUGAAUUAAAACAACUUCUAAGUUGAUCCAUGUCUUCUUAAUAUCACUCACUGCACGGGUAAAGAUGUUACUACAAGCUGAACACUUAUUAGUAGCAUCUAACACACAGCUAACACAUGAGAAAUUUGGUGUGAUAAUUCAAUCCUUUUCCGACCUAUUUUCCCAUAAUUAUGUGACAGAUAAUUAGUUUUUUGUUUUAGUGUUGUGGCCCAAAUUCAAGUUUUAGCUUCCAGGAAUUAUUCUUCUUUAAAAAUCUUUCCAAUCAAGGAACACAAUCAAUAUUAGGUUAACCUAUUAGACAAAACUGACUAUGAAUAACAAAUAUUCUUAAUCACUGUUUGCCAAUCACUUUCAUGCUACUUGUUUGAGUUAUUACAAUGAAUAAAAUCAACUAAAUAUCUGGACAUUAAUAACUGUCAGUGGAAUUAAAACUCAUGAAUAUAUGGUUGUCAUGGUUUAGCCCUGAGCCGGCUAAUUUCAGCAGCUAAAACGAUGCAGUUGGCUCUCAAUUCCCUUCUUACCUGCAGGGAAAUCAAAAUGAGAGGAAGAAGACUUGCAGGUUGGAAACUAA